AUGGCCUCGUUUGGUCAAGAAAACAUCAUCCGCAGCAAGGUCCAUCAUAAUCGAGACCUCUGUCGCCUUAUCCUCACCGCAGCCUCAGCCAGCCACCCACUUGAGAUUCGAGAGUCAAACAUACCCAAUGCUGGCUCCGGCCUCUUCACCACGGCCGCCAUCCCUGCCGGCGUCGAAAUCUUCCGGUCGUCACCCAUAAUCAACGUGCGAGACCCCUCGGCUCGUCAUGUCUGCGAUUGGUGCUACACCACGACACCCUCGGGCAUCGACAACCUGGGAGUCAUGGCAGCUGAACAGCUCGGCGCGACAUUCCUCAUGCCUCCCAAGCCUACCGCAAUGCUGCUCUGCAGUGGAUGCAAGGUAGGACGCUAUUGCUCGCAGACUUGUCAGCGGAACGCCUGGAAGAGCUUCCACAAGCUCGAGUGUAAGGCUGUGUUGAGCGAAGCGCCAACCAUGGGACCGACCACGUUGGCCAUGUAUCGCCUGCUAUUGCUCAAAAAGGAUGGCCGGUUCACCGAAAUGCAGUGGAAGGCAUUAAUGCAGCUCGAAUCGCACUUUGAAGAGCAACACGAAGACCUGAGAAACGACAUACUUGCCAAGGUACACGAUUGGGGACGCAAGAUGGGUACAGAGGUUGACUUUAUGACUGUCUGGGAGCUACUGUGCAUCAUUUUUACCAAUAGCAUGAAUAUCCGUCCCGCCGAGGCAGAUGUCUCGCUCGGCACUAGCUUGGAUCUUGUUGUGUCCAUGAUCAACCACGACUGCAGUCCUAAUGCGCACGUGUUCUUCGAGGGCAGUCAGACACGUGUCCGCUCGCUCAAGGCUAUUGCUGCUGGUGGCGAAAUCACUGUGUCCUACUGCGACCCACGACUGGAUGUGCUGCUGCGAGAGUCGAUCCUUCGUCAGACGCAGUUCUUUCACUGCGAGUGCAUGACAUGCAACAGAGAAUACAAUGAACAUCUCGAAGCCUCCGGGGCUGCAACUGAGAAAGAUGCGAUCCGUCGAUGCGAAGUGAUUUUGGAUAAGCAAAAGACCAUGCUGCAAGUCGCAGGUAACUGCACCUCGGGCUUCUACUCGGUUUUCAAGAGCAACGAAGCCGCCAAGACCGAGAUGGUAUCGCAGUUCGCUGCCGCCGUCGAGACCAUGACCAAGUCCGGAUACGGCGGCAAUUCCUGGCCGGCCCACAUCGAGCCGCUGCCCAAUAUCCGCAUGACACUGGCGGGCAUGUUCAAGGCCAGUUUCAGCUACGUUCCAGCCCUUAAAUAUGCUCUCGCCGGGUGCCUGAUGGCCACAAGGCGAUGCGGACCACCGUUUGUGCAGGAUCUUUUCGAGCUGGUACGAAUCCUAGUUCAGACUUGCAAUGAGCCCGGAGAUGGGAUGCCUUUUACGGUGCAGAACUUUCCGACCAAAAGGGAGCUGCAGAUGCUGACCAUGGGAUACAUGGUAAUACUGUGCAAGGCGGUGAGGCUUGCCUUUGGUGCUGACUGCCGCUAUGCGCUGACGGUGUGGGCAUGGGUAAGGUCCUUUAUGGGCGCCGGGGCCGGAGGCUUCCCUGCGUUGGGACAGACUGUGUUUGAGGAGCAGUUCGGAAAAGUACAGAGCAAGUUGACUGCUUGGGCCGAGGUUGAUAGAUUGUUGGUUCUGGGUGAUCGCAGGGAACUAGUGGCUACCGUGGUCGACGUAAUCAAGACUUUCGAGACCUGUGCAGUCAAGCCGGGUAUUGCGAGUCCCGCUGGUAAUUGA